CAUAGCGAGGUCUGACGGGAGUAAUAGUAUGAGCAUUAUAUCGCGUUCCUGUCAAAUCGCUUUACAAACCGCUUCACUGCCGUCUGAACUUUCACAUCUUUUCGAACGACGCUUCUCCAAAACUAAACACGAGGAGUAUUUUGAGCCAGUUUAAAAAAAAAAAAAAAAAAAAAAAACAACAAAAAAACAGCACUCGAGAAUUUACUAUAGCAGUCGGUUCUUCCUUUCCGAGCCAAAAAAGGGAUAUGUUAUCGGACAUGUGAGACACAGGAGUUUCUGUCACCCUAAACAUGAAGCUGGCGUCUUCUCUGUGUUACUUCGCUGUCCUCGUCACUUCAGUGGCGGUCCGCGUGAGCGACUCACAGCAAGUGUGCACGGGUACAGAGAACAAGCUGAGCACCCUGUCAGACCUGGAGCAGCAGUACCGCACCCUGCGCAAGUACUACGAGAGCUGCGAGGUGGUGAUGGGCAACCUGGAGAUCACCAGCAUCGACCGCAGCCGUGACCUCUCCUUCCUCCGGUCCAUCCGGGAGGUGACCGGCUAUGUGCUGGUGGCGCUGAACCAGUUUGACUACCUGCCUCUGGAGAACCUGCGCAUCAUCCGCGGGACUCGACUCUACGAGGAUCGCUACGCCCUCGCAAUCUUCCUCAACUACCGCCGCGACGGCAACUUCGGCCUCCGCCAGCUCGGCCUCAACAACCUCACAGAGAUCUUACACGGAGGGGUGUACGUGGACAAAAACAAGUUCCUGUGUCACGCCGACACCAUCCACUGGCAGGACAUCGUGAAGAACGCUCGCUCCGACCACUUGGUGGUCCCCUCCAACAGCAGCAGCGCCUGUCAGAGAUGCCACCGGGCAUGUAACGGCCGUUGCUGGGGCCCUAAGGAGAGCCAGUGUCAGAGCCUCACUAAGACAGUGUGUGCUGAGCAGUGUGAUGGUCGCUGUUUUGGUCCCUACGUGAGUGACUGCUGCCACAGAGAGUGUGCGGGAGGUUGCUCGGGGCCCAAGGACACAGACUGCUUUGCCUGUACAAACUUCAACGACAGCGGGGCGUGUGUGACCCAGUGCCCCCAGCCCUUUGUCUACAACCCCACCACCUUUCAGCUGGAGCACAACCCCCGAGCCAAGUACACUUAUGGAGCCUUCUGCGUUAAGAAGUGCCCACAUAACUUCGUGGUGGACCACAGCUCAUGUGUCCGUGCGUGCCCCAGUAACAAGAUGGAAGUGGAGGAGAACAAGAUAAAGAUGUGUAUACCAUGCACGGACAUCUGCCCCAAAGCAUGCGACGGCAUCGGCACGGCCAGUCUGCAGUCUGCUCAGACCGUGGACUCCAGCAACAUCGACAGGUUCAUCAACUGCACCAAGAUCAACGGCAACCUAGUGUUCCUUAUCACAGGAAUCAAAGGGGACGCGUACCACCACAUCGAGGCCCUGGACCCAGAGAAGCUCAACGUCUUCCGCACCGUUCGAGAGAUCACCGGAUACCUGAACAUUCAGUCAUGGCCAGAAAACAUGACAGACCUGAGUGUGUUCUCCAGCUUGGCAACCAUCGGUGGCCGGUCUCUCUACAGUGGUAUCUCCCUGCUGGUCCUGAAGCAGCAGGGCCUUUCAUCUCUGCAGCUGCAGUCCCUGCGCGAGAUCAGCGCUGGGAACGUCUAUGUGUCCAACAACACUCAGCUGUGCUACUACAACACCAUCAACUGGACCAGCCUGUUCCGCAUCCCCGCCCAGAAAGCCCUGAUCCGCAACAACCGAGAGCCCAAGGAAUGCAUCCUGGAGAGGAUGAUCUGCGAUCGGCUGUGCUCGGACGCCGGCUGCUGGGGACCAGGGCCUGACCAGUGCCUGUACUGCCGGUUCUUCACCAGGGGGCGCACCUGCGUGGAGUCCUGCAACCUGCACCAGGGGGAACUACGAGAGUUUGCCAACGCUUCCAUGUGUCUGGAGUGUGACUCUCAGUGUGAGAGAGCCGAAGACAGCGGUCUCACGUGCACGGGCCCGGGCCCCGAUCACUGUGUGAAGUGUCUCCACUUUAAGGACGGUCCUAACUGUGUGGAGAAAUGUCCCGACGGCCUUCAGGGAGCCAACAGCUUCAUCUUCAAAUACGCAAAAGCCAACAAUGAAUGCCAUCCCUGCCAUGCAAACUGCACUCAGGGAUGCACAGGACCCAGACUGCAGGACUGCAUUGGCAUGAUUGACAGGACCCCUCUCAUUGCGGCAGGGGUGAUUGGUGGCUUGUUCGUCGUGGUCAUUGUCGCGAUGGGCGUGGCCAUCUCAGUGAGACGAAAGAGCAUCAAGAAGAAAAGAGCACUGAGGCGGUUCCUGGAGACUGAACUGGUGGAGCCCCUGACCCCCAGUGGAACGGCGCCCAAUCAGGCACAACUGCGCAUCCUGAAGGAGACGGAGCUGAAGAGGAUGAAGGUCCUGGGAGCAGGGGCUUUCGGCACCGUCUACAAGGGAAUCUGGGUGCCGGAGGGUGAGACGGUGAAGAUCCCUGUGGCCAUCAAGAUCCUGAAUGAGGCGACUGGCCCCAAAGCCAAUGUGGAGUUCAUGGAUGAGGCGCUGAUCAUGGCCAGCGUGGAGCACCCCCACCUGGUGCGUCUGCUGGGCGUGUGCCUGAGCCGCACUGUCCAGCUGGUGACUCAGCUGAUGCCCCACGGCUGCCUGCUGGACUACGUGCACGAGCACAAGGACAACAUCGGCUCGCAGCUGCUGCUCAACUGGUGUGUGCAGAUCGCCAAGGGCCUGAUGUAUCUGGAAGAGCGGAGACUGGUACACCGGGACCUGGCAGCCAGGAACGUGCUCGUCAAGUCCCCCAACCACAUCAAGAUCACGGACUUCGGGCUGGCACGGCUGCUGGACGGAGACGAGAAGGAAUACAACGCGGACGGAGGAAAGAUGCCGAUAAAAUGGAUGGCCCUGGAGUGCAUCCACUACAGGAAGUUCACCCACCAGAGCGACGUCUGGAGCUAUGGGGUGACCAUCUGGGAGCUGAUGACGUUCGGGGGGAAGCCGUAUGACGGGAUCCCCACGCGGGAGAUUCCAGACCUGCUGGAGAAGGGCGAGCGACUCCCGCAGCCCCCCAUCUGUACCAUCGACGUCUACAUGGUCAUGGUGAAAUGCUGGAUGAUCGAUGCGGACAGCAGGCCCAAGUUCAAGGAGCUGGCAGCAGAGUUCAGCAGGAUGGCCCGCGAUCCCCAGCGCUACCUGGUCAUCCAGGGCGAUGACCGGAUGAAGCUGCCCAGUCCCAACGACAGUAAGUUCUUCCAGAGUCUGCUCGACGAGGAGGAGCUGGAGGACUUGAUGGAUGCCGAAGAGUACCUGGUGCCGCACACCUUCGCCGCGCCCCCCCUGACGUACACCACCCGAUCCAGGGUCGACUCCAACCGGAACCAGUUUACAUACUCCGAUGGUAGUUUUGGUGUGGAGGACAUGAUGGCCACUGUCCCGAGGGUUAUGGCUGUGUCCGCGGUCACUCCGGCCUGCUCCGCCUCUCAGGAGCAGUCCUUAGCGCAGCAGGGUGCCACGGCGCCCCCAGAGGAUCCGCGUUGCAACGGCACCCUGAGGAAGCAGGUUUCAGCCAGGCUGAGCGUCGGAGAGGACAGCAGCAGCCAGCGCUACAGCACAGACCCCACCCUGCUGAUGAGCGAGCGCGGGGCCAGAGGUGACAAGGACAGGGACGCAUACACGUGUGGCAAGAAGGACAAGAACCCCACAGUAGACUAUCUCAACCCCGUGGAGGAGAACCCGUUUGUGACUCGCCGUAGGAAUGGUGAUGCCCACACCCUGGACCAGAGUCACCACACCCUUCCUAGCAGCCAACACAAGAUGGAGGAGGAGUACAUCAAUGAUCCUCUCUAUCUCAACACCUUCCACAACUCUGGAGAAAAGAGCCAGGAGGCCCUGCGGAAGAACGGCCUCCCCAUGACUCACGCGGCUGCCGCGGCCAACCCCGGGCCUGCCAGCAGCCAGAGCCCCGCCCAGAGUGGACACCCCUCCCACAGCGCCCCCUCGGGGCACGCCCACCUCCCCGCGCAGCCUGUUUACUCCGGCCAGUCGGGCAUCCCCGUCCUCUCAGGCCACGCCCUCCACCCCUCCCGCUCCGGACAUGCCCUCCACCCAACCCACACCCUCCACCCGGCGCACUCCGGCACCGUAAUGGGCGACAAGAAGCCGAAAAAGACCUUUGACAAUCCUGAGUACUGGCAGCACAGUCUUCCACCCAAGGCCACACUCCACAGCCCCGAGUACCUGCAGGACUGCAGCACCCGCUUCUUCUACAGGCAGAACGGCCGCAUCCGGCCCGCCGUGGCCGAGAACCAGGAGUACCUGACGGAGUACGCCCUGAAGGCGGGCACCGUGCUGCCGCCGCCCCCGUACCGGCAGAGGAACACAGUGGUGUAGCGCCAAUCAGGGCAGAGAGGGUGGAGGGAGGAGCGAGCAGAGAAGGGCGUGGAGGUGGAGACGCCCAUUGUUUGCUUGCCCUGGAGUUCAGCGCAGCCCCACCCAACCUCGGGCUCCUCUCCCCCCCGGCUGGGGCUCGUGGUUGACUUUUAAACCCUCGUGCUUGUAACACUCCCCACCCCCCACCCCCCACGUCUCCAUGGUGAUUUGGCCUAAUGGAUAGCAUCCUCUGAGGUGACACUCUUCUCUGAUUCUGAACACUCCCCCUCUCAUCCCUGGUUCUAAACAUUUACCAAUAUCUGGUAAGCAGGCUCGCCCUUAAGAUCUCUGCAAGACUUGGGGUAACUCCAUCUCCAACCACCGGAAGAGGAGCCCCUCUUCUGAACUGCUGUUACAUAUUGGGUUGGUUGGGAAUUUUUUACUCACCUUUGUGUUGGGUUCAUAGGUGUAAACACACACACAAGCAUUGUUAAGAUAAUUUUUUGAUCUGGUUACUAGUCUACAUGAAGCUUGUAUAAUACUACAAUUCUGUUUUCUGUAAAAUCACCACACACACACACACACACACACACACACACACCACAGGUUCAGUCACCCCAGGGUGGAAUGAGGCAGAGUGUCUGCUGAUCUUUACUUGUCAUACAUAUAUUCACAUGCAUUGUUUUCUCAUUGCAUUCAUGACGCAUUCAGUUCUUUCCUAAAGUAUCAAACUAUUUCUCAGACACUCACACACACACACACACACACACACACACACACACACGGUUGCACGCGUGAAACGCAUCACUGCUACUGCAAAAUCGAUCACUUCACAAAAGAGGAUUCUUCAGAUGGUAUGCUGCAAUAUUUGUAUUGUUUUUAUUGUAGGUUCAACUGGUUUUGAUUGCAUCACUCAGUGUGUGGUCAGUUACCACACUGUACUGGUCUUGCACAAACAACUGUAACAAAACAACUACAAAGACUUCUCUAACUGGAUCUACCUUCUUCACAAAACAACUGACAUUGACAUUAACGACCUUAAAGGAAUGCACCGGCGGGACAGUAGCGUGGCACGGGACAGGGGCUAAAAAUAUGCAACUCCUAAAUGACACAGAGGUUCGCUGCUUCCCUGACAUCGCGCUCGCUCCCAAACACCAGGCCAGUCCGGCAGGACAGCGGAACCAAGGAGGAAUAUCCCUCGCCAGGCUUUGCUAGAAGCUGCUGUGAAACUCCAUCAAACCAGACGCCAUCCAGAGCCUCUUCCGCACCCAUCCACGGCUGUUAACCCAGAAUGCGAGGAACACAAGGAGGGCGGGUGGGGCAGGAAUAUCACCACGCCACUGGGAAUGAGCGCGGAAGUAAAAAUAGAACGUUUGCCCUUAAGCCAGAGCCCCAUCUGCCUGAUAUCAAUCGUUCUCCCAUUAGGCUGUCCUCGGAAAGACCGGCUAAGAAAAUGGGAUAAGAAACGAAACGUUAAGAGAAAUCGUAGGUUUAUAUAAGACGACGUUCCUUUUUCCAUGAUUGUCGUAGCGCUAUCUUAGAAUGUCAUAGUUAGAGGAGAAAAAACAAACAGAAAAAACAAAAACAAACGUGCCCUCUGAAGGUCGGAGGCCAGAACCAUGUGAAGGUAUGAGCACUGCCAGGCGUUGUAACCAGCUGCUAACAGACGGACCGUGCCGUCUCUCCUGGACGUUUUUAAAGCACUUAAAGGUCCGGUCCAGUGAAAUAAUCCUCUUUCCCACCACUACCACUAAGACUGUUGAGGACCACCAGGUCUGGAUUCUGUUUUUCUCUCAGCAGCAGAGGCGGUCGGCUCAGCUCGUGUUCAUGAGCUCUGUUUUUUGGGGGGCGGGUGGAGGUUGCUUGUCUUGUUUUCCUGUUUUCUUGUAUUUUUCCUGCUUGCAUAUAAAGCAUCA